AUAGUCCUCGCCUAUUUCAGAAAUUAGAGGGUCCAUCAGUCAUUUGCUAAAAAAUUGGGGGAGAUAACUGGAAAACAAACAUUUAUACACUCCCAAUUUCCCUCUAAACCCAAAUCUCUUUUCAAAACAAACCUGUAAAAAGAAUAGCUUCAAGUUCAAGUUAAGCUACUAAUUUGAGCUAAAAGCGUAGAACCAACCAACCCCACCAAAUCUAGCGAAAAACCCCUAAAAAAUUUCAAUGUCCCCCCAAAUUUCCAAUCUCUCUCUCCUCUCCCAUCCCAACUGAUCUUCCAUUUUCUGUAACAAUAAUCAUCUGAUCUGAUAAAUUUUCUUAGGGUUUUAGAUUAAUCCACUCGUUCUGAUCCAAAACCCUAACUCACAAUGAAACGAACCCACAUUUUGGUUUGUUUCGAUCGAAAAUGGCUAAUGCCUUUGAUUUUAGCUUCCACACUCUGUAUCGUACUUCUUCUCACAGUAACCCUAGGCCAAUACAAAUUAUCAUCCGAACCUAAUUCGAGUUCUUCUUCUUCAAUUCAUUCGAGAUCAACAGGUUCGGCAUCGAAUUCCGGUACCGGAAGUGAUCGGUUGGGUCUGCCGGAGUUGCCGAGGUUCGCGUACUUGUUAUCGGGGACGAAGGGAGAUGGACCGCGUUUGCAGCGACUGCUUCAGGCGGUGUAUCACCCGAGGAACUACUACUUGUUGCAUCUUGAUCUUGAAGCAUUGGACGUUGAGAGACUUGAGCUUGCUAAGUUUGUGAAAUCGGAGGCGGUCACUAGGGAUUUCAAGAAUGUAAUGGUGGUUGGUAAGGCAGAUCUGGUGACGUAUAAGGGGCCGACGAUGACUGCAAGUACGCUUCAUGCGAUCGCAAUAUUGUUGAAGCAGGCGAAGGAGUGGGAUUGGUUUAUAAAUCUCAGUGCUUCGGAUUAUCCCCUUGUGCCGCAAGAUGAUCUUCUGCACAUAUUCUCGUACUUGCCUAGGGAUCUGAACUUUCUUGAGCACACAAGCAAUAUGGGUUGGAAAGAGUUUCAAAGAGCUAGGCCUAUCAUCAUUGAUCCAGGCUUGUACCAUUCUAAGAAAUCUGGUGUAUUUUGGGCCAAAGAGAAGAGAUCUGUGCCUGCUUCUUUCAAGUUAUUUGUUGGAUCUGAAUGGGUGGUGCUGACAAGAUCAUUUCUUGAAUUCUGUGUUUGGGGAUGGGAUAAUCUCCCACGCACUCUCCUCAUGUACUACACAAACUUCAUGUCAUCUCCCGAGGGCUAUUUUCACACUGUCGUCUGCAAUCACAAAGACUACCAAAACACAACAGUAAACCAUGACUUGCAUUAUAUAAAAUGGGAUAAUCCUCCAAAGCAGCAUCCAAUUACUUUAACCUUGGAGUAUUUUGAUGACAUGGUCGAGGUUGGUGCCCCUUUUGCCCGUAAGUUUGCCAAGGAUGAUCCAGUUCUUGACAAAAUCGAUGAGGAACUCCUAAGGAAGCCAUCUGGCCAAUUUACGCCUGGUGGAUGGUGUGUGGGAAAUUCUGCUCUAGGUAAAGAUCCUUGUAUAGUUUUUGGGAAUCCAGUUGCAGUUAAACCCUCUGCAAGUUCAAAAAGGCUUGAGAAACUUUUAGCGAAACUCCUUGAUUCUGAAAAUUUCAGGUCUAAACAGUGUAAAUAAUGUUGUAAGGCUUCAUUUUACCCCCGCAAAUAUUUUGCACUCUGUUGAUAAGUAGAUUAUUAGUCUGUGUACUAUCAUGUGAAUAUUAUUCAGUGACGGAUUGAGCUGUGUAAAGGCUACAUGGUUCUGUGAAGAUUGAACUGCAACAAUGUGGUCACAAAGCAUUUCAUCGCCCUGAA